AUGUUCAUGUGUUUCAUUUUGAUCUACUCUGCGCCUAAUAUCAGCUUUGAUGUUGCGUCUUUGGUUCCUCUGGUAUCGCCAGAUCUGUCAUUACAUCACGCCACUGCGCCUCUGCAUCCCCCAUACGAAGGUGAUGUUUAUCUUCUCAUCAGUGGAGCCACAGAUGGAAGCAUAGCCUUUUGGGAUGAAGCCAAAGUGGUAGGAAAUGGAAACUGUUGGGCGCCAACAUUUCUAAGAGAUCACAAGAGAGUAGCAGUAACUCGGUCAGUGAAGCUGCAGAAGAAGAUCCAGCCACCUCUUUGGAACUCACAAAUGGCGAAUGCAGAUUCUCCACCCGAGACAAGCGAGAGAAAGCCAUCACAUGCCGUUAGGAAUGCUCAUCAAUCUGGGGUUAAUUGCCUUCGCGUUUCCCGCUCGAGCACUUGUCCAAGUUACGGCAGUGGUUUGAUGUUCAAUGUGAUUAGCGGGGGUGAUGAUCUAGUAGUAAACAACAUCCUUAGUAGUAGUAAUCCAGCAAACAAAUCCGAAAUCAUGGAUCAAAACCAAACUCCAGGUUACAGAAUCAAGCUCACAGACCGUGGAGGAAUUGCAUCAGCUCAUAGCUCUACCAUAAAAGGUCUUGAUCAACGUGUAAGAUGUUGGUUACUCGACAAAGAUGGUAAACUGAUCGAGCAUGCUCAUAUAGUUAUCAGCGUGCCUGAGCCAGAGGCACUCGAUGCCAAAGCCAUUGAUAAAAAUCGAUACCAAAUCGCUGUUGCUGGACGCGGGAUCCAAAUGGUCGAAUUCUCCGGUUAA